UACCCAUGAAGGCGCCGCGUCUUCGAACCCCCCUCCUCUUCCUCUAAACUGAGCGAGACCCUGUCACGUGACGGGGACCGGGCCGGUUCGGAGCCUGGCAGCUCCUGGCGUGCUCCAGGCUGGGGAGGUCGGCCGGCGACGGCGCGAGCGAAUAACAUUAACCUUUCACUAGAAGUGGAAUGAAGGAACUGACAAUGGGAACACACUCAAGAUUACACUCCUGGACAAGGUGUCUUAUGGCUAUUUCGAGUUGAUUUAUAUCUGCAUAUUUGAUGGUUUUUACAUACAAAGGAUUUAUUUUUCUUUUGGAUAUACUCAAAAUAGAAAAUUGUUUCUUGUUGGAAACUUUUUACUUUUGAAAACUAUACACCAUGGGAGACAUGGCCAACAACUCAGUGGCAUAUGGUGGUGUAAAAUACACUAUAAAAGAUUCUAGUCAUGGAGAUUUUGGUAUUACACUUGAAGAGCUUCGUACACUUAUGGAACUACGAGCUACUGAUGCUUUGCAUAAAAUACAAGAAUGCUAUGGAGAUGUAUAUGGAAUCUGUACAAGAUUGAAAACUUCUCCAAAUGAAGGCUUAAGUGGAAAUCCAGCAGACAUAGAGCGGAGAGCAGCUGUAUUUGGGAAGAAUUUUAUACCUCCUAAAAAGCCAAAAACAUUUCUUCAGUUAGUAUGGGAAGCACUACAGGAUGUUACGUUAAUAAUUUUAGAAAUUGCAGCCAUAAUAUCACUGGGCCUUUCUUUUUACCAACCUCCAGGAGGAAACGAAGCAUUAUGUGGAACAGUAUCAGUUGGAGAAGAAGAAGAAGAAGGUGAAACAGGAUGGAUUGAAGGAGCUGCAAUUCUUCUGUCUGUCGUUUGUGUGGUAUUAGUGACAGCUUUUAAUGACUGGAGUAAAGAGAAGCAGUUUAGGGGAUUGCAAAGCCGUAUUGAACAAGAACAGAAGUUUACUGUCAUCAGGGGUGGCCAGGUCAUCCAGAUACCUGUAGCUGACAUAGUUGUUGGUGACAUUGCACAAGUAAAAUAUGGUGACCUUUUACCAGCUGAUGGUGUACUUAUACAAGGUAAUGACCUCAAAAUUGACGAAAGCUCGCUCACUGGAGAAUCUGAUCUUGUUAAGAAAGUGUUGGAUCGAGAUCUUAUGAUGCUCUCAGGUACACAUGUUAUGGAAGGUUCUGGAAGAAUGGUAGUCACUGCUGUAGGGGUAAACUCACAAACUGGAAUUAUCUUUACUUUACUUGGUGCUGGAGGGGAAGAUGAAGAUGAAAAAAAGGAAAAAGAGAAAAAAGACAAGAAAAGUAAAAAACAAGAUGGUGCUAUUGAAAAUCGUAACAAAGCAAAAGCUCAGGAUGGUGCAGCCAUGGAAAUGCAACCUUUGAAGAGCGAAGAUGGUAUAGAUGGAGAUGACAAAAAAAGAAAUAAUAUGCCUAAGAAAGAGAAAUCAGUUCUACAGGGAAAACUUACAAAACUAGCAGUUCAGAUUGGCAAAGCAGGGUUGCUGAUGUCUGCUGUCACAGUCAUCAUUCUUGUAUUAUAUUUUGUAAUUGAUACCUUCUGGAUCCAGAAACGUCUUUGGCUUGCAGAAUGUACACCAAUAUAUAUUCAGUAUUUUGUGAAAUUCUUUAUCAUUGGUGUUACUGUUUUGGUUGUGGCUGUUCCAGAGGGUCUUCCACUUGCAGUAACUAUCUCGCUGGCUUACUCUGUAAAGAAAAUGAUGAAAGAUAACAAUUUGGUCAGACAUCUGGAUGCUUGUGAAACCAUGGGAAAUGCAACAGCCAUUUGCUCAGAUAAAACAGGAACCCUGACAAUGAACAGAAUGACAGUGGUCCAAGCAUAUAUCAGUGAAAAGCAUUAUAAAAAAAUUCCUGAAGUACAAGCUCUUCCCGAUAAAACCUUAUCGUAUCUUGUAACAGGCAUCUCUGUUAAUUCUGCUUAUACUUCCAAAAUCUUGCCUCCUGAAAAGGAAGGUGGCCUUCCUCGCCAUGUUGGUAAUAAAACUGAAUGUGCCUUGCUGGGAUUCCUUCUGGAUUUGAAACGAGAUUACCAGGAAGUUAGAAAUGAAAUACCAGAAGAGGCACUCUAUAAAGUCUACACCUUCAACUCUGUUAGAAAAUCUAUGAGUACUGUGUUAAAGAACUCAGAUGGCAGUUUCCGGAUCUUCAGCAAGGGUGCUUCAGAGAUAGUACUUAAAAAGUGUUUCAAGAUACUAAGCGCUAAUGGUGAACCAAAAGUAUUCAGACCAAGAGACCGUGAUGAUAUUGUAAAAACUGUUAUAGAACCUAUGGCAUCAGAGGGACUCAGAACAAUAUGUCUAGCAUUCCGAGACUUCCCAGCUGGCGAACCUGAACCAGAAUGGGAUAAUGAAAAUGAUAUUGUCACUGGUCUUACAUGCAUUGCUGUUGUAGGCAUUGAAGAUCCUGUGAGACCUGAGGUACCAGAUGCAAUUAAAAAAUGCCAGCGUGCUGGUAUAACUGUCCGUAUGGUUACUGGUGACAAUAUUAACACUGCUCGUGCUAUUGCAUUAAAAUGUAGUAUUUUGCAUCCUGGCGAAGACUUCUUAUGCCUGGAAGGCAAGGAAUUCAAUAGACGAAUACGUAAUGAAAAAGGAGAGAUAGAACAGGAGCGAAUAGACAAAAUUUGGCCAAAACUUCGGGUACUUGCAAGGUCUUCUCCCACUGACAAACAUACACUGGUGAAAGGAAUAAUCGAUAGCACAGUGUCAGAACAAAGGCAAGUUGUAGCAGUGACUGGUGAUGGAACCAAUGAUGGACCAGCGUUAAAAAAAGCAGAUGUUGGCUUUGCUAUGGGUAUUGCUGGAACUGAUGUAGCUAAAGAAGCUUCUGAUAUUAUUCUUACAGAUGACAACUUCUCAAGCAUUGUUAAAGCAGUUAUGUGGGGGCGAAAUGUGUAUGAUAGUAUCUCCAAAUUCCUUCAGUUCCAGCUUACUGUUAAUGUAGUAGCUGUAAUUGUUGCUUUCACGGGAGCAUGUAUUACACAAGACUCUCCACUUAAAGCUGUACAGAUGUUAUGGGUAAAUCUCAUAAUGGAUACCCUAGCUUCACUUGCUUUGGCAACAGAACCCCCCACAGAAGCACUUUUGCUGAGAAAACCUUAUGGUAGAAACAAACCUCUCAUCUCACGGACCAUGAUGAAGAAUAUUCUGGGUCAUGCUUUCUAUCAGCUUGUGGUUGUCUUCACACUGUUGUUUGCUGGUGAAAAAAUAUUUGAUAUUGAUAGUGGAAGAAAUGCACCUCUUCAUGCUCCUCCUUCAGAGCACUACACAAUUGUGUUUAAUACAUUUGUGAUGAUGCAGCUAUUUAAUGAAAUAAAUGCCCGAAAAAUUCAUGGUGAAAGGAAUGUAUUUGAAGGCAUUUUCAAUAAUGCUAUAUUCUGUACUAUAGUCCUUGGAACAUUUAUUGUACAGAUAGUUAUUGUACAGUUUGGUGGGAAGCCUUUCAGUUGCUCAGAGCUUACAGUAGAACACUGGUUGUGGUCAAUUUUUCUAGGCAUGGGAACACUUCUUUGGGGCCAGUUGAUAUCAACUAUUCCAACCAGUCAUUUGAAAUUCCUUAAAGAAGCUGGCCACGGAACACAAAAGGAAGAGAUUCCUGAAGAAGAGUUAGCAGAAGAUGUGGAAGAAAUUGAUCAUGCUGAAAGAGAGCUAAGGCGUGGUCAGAUCUUAUGGUUUAGGGGUCUAAACAGGAUACAAACUCAGAUGGAUGUAGUGAAUGCUUUCCAGAGUGGAACUUCCAUUCAGGGGGCCCUAAGGCGGCAACCUUCCAUCGCCAGCCAGCAUCAUGAUAUUCGAGUGGUGAAUGCAUUUCGUAGUUCCUUAUAUGAAGGAUUGGAAAAACCUGAGUCCCGAAGUUCAAUCCACAAUUUUAUGACUCAUCCUGAGUUUAGAAUAGAAGAUUCUGAAACUCAUAUUCCACUUAUUGAUGAUACUGAUGCUGAAGAUGAUGCUCCAACAAAGCGCAACUCAACUCCUCUUCCACCAUCACCCAACAAAAAUAACAAUGCGGUUAAUAGUGGAAUUCAUCUUACGACAGACUUCAGUAAGUCUGCUACCUCUUCAUCCCCAGGGAGCCCACUGCAUAGUUUGGAAACAUCACUCUGAUUGUAUGCUGAAUGUUAACACACUAGCUGCAUUUAAAGAAACACACUGAAACUGGGCUUUCUCCCUCACUACGAUGGACAAGAUGGUAUUCUUGUCUCGGACUUCAACAAGAAGAUAAAAUUGUACGAAUGUAGAUUUAUUUUUUUAAAAAGAAGCUUUCUGCCAGACUUCAGGGUGCUUUUCUUGGGGAGGGGAAAGUGGGAGUAAUAAUGAACUCUGACAGAUAAACAGUAACUUGCUUAUGUGUCCUGUGGAUCAUUAGCUGUACUUAAGAAUGGCCCAUAAGAAUGUCUUACCUGAACUUAUGUUCUUAAUUCCUUUGAUGAGAGGGCUGGAUUGGGCAGGAGAGCCCAGGAUCACCAAAUUUAUAAUUUUCAUUUCUGCUCUUGGCUGUUAAUAAUUUGAAUUAUUUAUGUUUAUAAAUAAUGCAGAUCUGUUUACAAGGUUUGUAGAUACUUUUUUGUUCCUGUUCAGAGAUGGGAAGUUUCCUUACAAAUGAUGUAGAAAAAAAUAGUCCAUCAAAUACUGCUGUAUUUUCAGGAAAGGGUGUUUCUAUUGAAACUGUACUAAAAUUUUUGCGUGCAACUUACCUUGUUAAAUAUUGUAGAUAAAACUGCUACUACUAAUAGCCAAAUAGGUAACACUAAUGCUUUGGGGGGAAAAAGAGCAAUAGUGUUCUAAUGAAGUUAUGGCCUCUGUCCUAAUUAGUUUCUUAAACAUUUACUACUACUUAAUGGUUUUGAAACAAUUGUAAAAAAUUUUAAAAUUCAGAACUCGCUGAACAUGUUCAGAAUUUAAUAGAGGAUUGUUUAAUGCAGGACCUAUGAUGGAGCUUGCUUGAAAUAUUUUUGUUAUCUCAGGCAAAGUGGAUUAAAUCAAAAUACAUCAGAACUUUGCUCCUUUUUGUUUUUGUCUAGAAACAGUAGCUUGGUGAACUGUGAGUGGAGCUGUUUAUUUUUCUGCCCUAAAUAUCUUUAUAGCAUGAAGGCUAUUGGUAUUUGGAAAGUUAUGAAUAGUUACCAUACACUGUUUUGAAAUUCAUUUGAGUUAAAAUAAAUCACCCCUUUUGAUAAAAUAAAUAUGCGGCAAUGGUUUUUAUAGAAUUCAGCAUCUUUAUAAAUAUUAGGUUUUGGUGGCUUCACUAGAUGCUAAAGAACAAAGACUGUGGACUGUUUCUGAUUUUAUGCAGAAGAGGUGCUCUGGAAUACAUGGAAGUAUGAAUACAACAUCUAUCUGUAACACUUUAAAGCUGCCAUGCAGUCCAAGGGGAAAAAAAAGUUGUAGACAGGUUUUCUUUGCAUUCCUGCAUGUUCCAAAACCCCUGUUCCUGAUCUGAUCUGAAGCACUGCACAGUCCAAUCCUCAUUCACAAGAGUGAGAGAUAGAAAUAAAUCACAUUAGAAACUUUUUCCAGUCUAAAAGAAAAUAUGAAUAAAAGUAUGUUCUCCAAUAUGCCUAUCUUUGAUAAUUUGUUUUUCUUAACCAAUAAUUGAACAUGUCCAUUUUUCUUUUUGUAUUUAUUAUCAGUGUCUAGUUUUAAUUUUUGCAUUCUGAUGAUUUGGGUUGUAUUCUUUCUUUUUGCCAGAACAGCCCAAUAGAAUAAGAAUAAAUACCUUACUGAAAAUAUAGGGCAGGUAAGGAGAAACAUGUUCCUCUCUGAUAAUAUUUUUUCUCAAUCAUGACAGAAUAAUUUUCUACUCUUCAGAAUGAUCUACUUAUAUAUAUUUUUCUGAAAGAGAUGUAUAUUCCUCAUAAGAAAACUUGGAAUAUGUCUGCUGCUAAAUCAGACAUUAACUUGUCUGGGAGCUGAACUAACAAAGGAAGAAGGGAAUGCAUCUUAAAUUUAGUAUAUAAUAUUUAAGGACCUCAAGAAUAUGAUAGUUACAUCUGUGAACAUUAGCUUGUUUUCUCGGGAAGCAAUUUCAGACGUGUAAUGUUACAGCUAGAUUUUAUCGUUCAGAUUUCAAGUAAAAUAUACAGGGAUUCAAUAAUGGUUAAUUGUCCUUUCACUGGACACUGUAUCCAUCCAUAAGGUUUUGCAUUUUGUAUCCAAAUAUCAACCAUUCAUUUUCUAGUUGUUUUGUCCUUUAUCCUAUUUAGAGAACUUACUAUUUAUGCCGAUAUAGUAAUUAUUUUCAGAUUCUUAUUUUGUAAGUGGAUAAGAAGUAUGGUUUGGAAAGGUAGUAUUUAUGUAACUGGGAGAAUGAUGUAAUUGCAACGCAUAUUGAAGAAUGAGAUGUAAUUGUUCAAACUAUCUCAGCUGUGUAUGAUUCAUUAUAGUUAUUUUUUAAACUUGCUAUUUGGAAAGAUUUUCUUUUAAUGGUAAUCAUCAUUAUUUGAAUAUCCAAACUCUAGAGUGAAUUCUACAGGUCAUACCUCAAGGAGAAAUUUAAUUUACUCACAAAUUAACUUUUUCAAUCCUGUUGACUGCAGUAUAUUGAGUCUUAAUAGUAAGUGUAAUCUAAUACCAAGGAUAUUUGUUCUAUAAUUUUACUACUAUGAAAGCAACAUAUUUUCAUUAUUUAUUAAAGUAGUUAUUACUGCUUUUCAAUUACUGACCCCACAUUGCUUUUCCUGGUUGUAAGGCUUACUUUCAUUUUGCUUGAUGUAACUUAAAUAAAUAAAUAUGCUGUUUAUCUGUCUCUGGAUGGGGACUGAAA